AUGAAAUCAUUCCCUCAACUAUCACCAGAAAACCUCGAGGAUCUCAAGGUCAAAGCCCAACAAUGGAGUUUAGCUAACGGUUUAGUGAUGUAUCCCCCAGAUUUCCAAACUUUCAAUGUAUCCAAUGCCCCAAUUACAUUGUUCCCAACACCAAUUCCGAAGACUGCCUUUGAACAAGCUCAACUGAUUCAAAAGACUUACAAUGAAUUAUAUUCUAAGAUUGUAGGCGAUAAGAAAUGGUUAAUAGAUGAAAUCAAGCAAUUGUCACAAUUUGAUCCGGAAUUUACUGGUAAAUUGUUCGAAAUAUACAAUAAAGUCAAUGAACAAGGUAACUUCCAAUCAUUAAGUUUGGGGAUUUUUAGAUCUGAUUAUAUGUUACAUGAUGGUAAAGAUAUCAAACAAAUAGAAUUCAACACUGUUAGUGUUUCAUUUGGGGGUUUAUCGCCCAAAAUCAAUGAAUUACAUACAUAUUUAAAUGAUUCCGGUAGUUAUGAUAAUGAUUAUUCCUAUCAGUAUUACGAUACUGAAGAAAUUCCAGUAUCUUCGUCCAUCAAGAAGAUAGCUGAAGGAAUAAGCAAAGGGAAUUACUAUUACAAUGAUGAAAGUGAUAAUGCCAAAACUGUAAUUUUGUUUAUCGUUCAACCAAAUGAAAGAAAUAGUUUUGAUCAAAGACAUAUAGAAUAUGAAUUAUUAAAGACUCACAAAUUGAAAAGUUAUAGACUAACAUUAGAAGAAAUCAUAGAAAACACUACCAUCAACGGUGAUAAAUUGUAUAUCAAGAAAACCAUGGAUGAAGUGUCAGUAGUUUAUUAUAGAUCAGGAUAUGGACCAGGAGAUUAUCCAAAUGAGAAUUGUUGGGAUGCUAGAUUCCAAUUGGAAAACAACAAGGCUAUUAAAUGUCCUUCUAUAAUUACCCAAUUAUCAGGAACCAAAAAGAUUCAACAAAUUUUAACUGAAAAGUCAAAUCUAUCAAAAUACAUGGACCAAGAAACUGUUGAAGAGAUCAGUAAGACUUUUGUGAAGAUUUAUCCAAUGGACGAUUCACCUGAAGGCCAAAUAGCUAAAAAAUUGGCUUUCGAACAACCCGAGAAUUUUGUAUUGAAACCCCAAAGAGAAGGUGGAGGUAAUAAUAUCUAUAAGGAAGAUAUUCCAGGAUUUUUAAAGACAUUAGAUGAAAAGAACUGGGAAGCAUAUAUUCUUAUGGAAUUGAUAAAUCCCCCAGUUCAUAAGAACACUAUCAUCAGGAAUAAUGAUAUUUUCAAUAAUGAUAUUAUCAGUGAAUUGGGGAUUUUUGGAUCCAUAGUAUUUGACGAGACAAAUGGCGAUAUCAAAUAUAAUGAAUAUUCAGGCUGGCUCUUAAGAUCAAAAUUGGCCACCAGUAAUGAGGGUGGAGUUGCAGCUGGUUUUGGAUGUGUUGAUGGUAUUUAUCUUUAUUGA